CCGAUCAACGUCAGCGUGCCUCCUCUUUUCAUGGCUCCAUCGAACUGCAACGGAGUGCGCUCUGAUGGUAGCCCCCGACGUGUUCGAACAUCGCGUAGUACACAACCAUAGCCGAGGAGGACAUAAGCGCUCGUGAAUAGUUUGCGAUGCCUACUGCCAAAUACGGGUGUGCCGCCGCGCGCGAUGCUCUCUCGUCCAUCUAAGUCGACGAUGGCGAUCCAUCGGACCCCGACGUUCAUCAUAGGGCCCCAACGACGCCCCUAUGGUGUCGGUGCUGCAGGCCCUCCGUCCCGGGCCGUGGUAUUUCUAUUUUCCUGACCUGAUGCGCAGGUGGUAGCAUGGCGGACUCGGAGCGCACGGCGCAUCGUUGCCCAGUCCUGGCACCGCGGAAGCAGAUGCGCACCGCCGGGUGACGACUGGGGGCUGUGGUGCCGUCCUUGGGCGUACGGUGGACGACGUCGAGCGAUCGGGCGCUGCGGCGGCUUUGGCUGGACGUGGAUAGGAUAGGAUAGGAGGCGGGGCUGCGUCCGACGCUCGGGCGCGGGUGGGCGAUGGGUGAGGUCGGGGUGGAGUGUCUGGUGAAUACGAGCUUUCCACACCCUUCAGCACCAGAUCAUCUUUCUUUCAUCAAUAUGGUCGCGUUCACCACGUCCUCGACUCUUCUUUUCUUGUGUGCCAUCGUCGGUGGUGCCAUCGGUACGUCGUAUCACGUCAACCUCCGCAGUGCCAACACUCAUGCCGCAUUCAUCGCACAGCUCUUCCCCACAGUGCCCCGCACUACCCGUCGCGCAGCGUCGACUCGCAUCACUCGACGGUGACACCGGACCCCAGCAUCGAGCUCAAGGUAGUCGCAGUGCCCCGCUCGUUCAAACCGUACUCCACCGUCACGCCGCACAAGUCCGUCGUCACCCCCCGCCCGACGGUGUCGGCGUCGGGCUCGUCGUCUUCCUCGGUGCCGACCACCUCGACUUCGCUCUCCACGUCGCUCUCGACCUCAGUUUCGGCGUCCACUUCGACGGACCCGUCGGGCUCGACUUCGGUGACGUCUUCGACUUCGGUCUCGGCGUCCACGUCCACGUCGACCACGACGGAGUAGGGUGCGAUGCGUCACGCAGCCGCGACCAUCAGUCGAUGGCUAAUAAGAGGAUGGCUGAGCUAUAACCAGUAACAUGAUUAGCUUUCAUACACAUAUUCCGC